UACUGACAGGAGCAACCACUGGAAGGUGCAUCGACAUCUGCUCCCGUAACCCUCUCACCACAAAGCUAGGGUCUUGUCUUGGUCGCUUUGUGGAUCACGGAAGGUCGAUUGGUAUUGAGAUGCCCAGUCCGGUCUCACCAAUCGCGAUCACUUAUACAGUAAGUCGCUCCGUGUCAAAACAAGCAUCAGCACCCACCCCUACACUUACCUACCCUCACUCACAACCGGUCUCAUUCACACACACAGAAAAAAAGGAAGGGACUUACCAUACGUGAUCGAAAAGAGAAGAGAAAAAGCGAUGAGUCUAGCCUUGAGAGUCGAUGUUGAGAGUCGAUGUUGGAGAGUCGAUUGCCGAGAGUCGAUUGCCGAGAGUCGAUUGCCGAGAGUCGA